AUGCGCAAUUUAUUCAGAUCCAAAACGCGGGCUUGCACCAGCAGUUCACGAUUGGACAUGGCGCAGACAUGCAACAGAAGGCCGCGAGAUCCGCAGAGUCCUUGGCAACGCACAUUCGCUAUUGCUAUAGUACUUUGGAAGCAUCCACCCGCAUCCUUUUCCGAAAAAAUGAAGAUACGAAUGCAAUCCAUCCGCCUUUGCUCUUGGCAAAAUCGGCAUAUAUUCUGCCGGGUGGGUUCUAAUGGGUGCGCUGCCCAGUUGCUAGGGACCGAGCACUUUGUGGGACAGGCGGGCGCCGCUGCACUGGGUGGCAUGGCGGUGGGGCUGUAUGAGUGGACGGCCGCAUACCUCGUGGUGUCGUUGGGUUUUUUCUUCGCACCCAUCUACUUGCAAUGCCAGUUGACGACCAUCCCGGAGUUUCUGGAGGCCCGAUACAACAGGUGGUGCAGGGGCCUCUUUGUGCUCAUUAGCCUCAUUGCUUACAUUCUGGCGAAGAUUGGGAUAUGCCUCUUCGCUGGCGCCGUCGUUUUCGAGGUUGUGGCUGGAAUCGGGAUGUGGUCGUCAGCUCCCAUCAUUAUAAUAGGCACUGCCCUAUACACAAUGGCGGGAGGUCUGACGGCCGUCAUGUGGACCGACGUGGUGCAAUGGGCGAUCUUCGUUGGAGGAGGUCUGAUGGGAACCGUGUUGUCUCUCGAUCUCGUGGGAGGCAUGUCCGGCCUAUUCCAGAAGUUGGAGAGUUUCGGACUGGACAGUUUUCCGCAUGUUCUGCGUCCUCCAGCCGGGAAAGAAUAUCCAUGGCCAGGAAUGCUGUUUGGCAUCCCCACCGUGGCCCUGUGGUACUGGUGCGUGGACCAAGAGAUGGCCCAGAGGGUGCUGAGCGCCAGGAACCUGUCGCACGCGCGCCUGGGAACAUCCAUUGCGGGUCUCAUGAAGGUGCUGCCGCCCUUCAUCACCGUCGUGCCGGGCAUGGUGGCGCGCGUCCUCUUCGAGACCUGCCGCGCCUCGCCGGCGGGAGGGCGGGAAUUUGCUCGCUGGUGCGACGCGAAUCUGGACGAGGCGGCUGGAGCCAACAGGGCGUACCCACUGCUGGUGAUGCUUCAGUUCCCCGAAGGCGUGCGGGGUGUCAUGGUGGCCUCUUUCCUGGCGGCCAUGAUGUCGUCCCUGGCGGCAGUGUUCAACUCGGCAGCCACGGUGUUCACGUACGACGUGUACCUUAGAUUUUUCCGCGAGGAAGGGUUUGCAUCCCCGAGGCACCUGGUCUUCGUCGGGCGACUGGCCACCGCCGGGCUCACCCUCCUGUCCCUGCUGUGGCUGCCCGUCAUCCAGUCCAACAGCCGCGGCGUGUACAUAGUGGCGCAGACGGCGAUGUGCCACCUGGCACCACCCGUCUCCGCGAUCUUCGUCCUGGCGGUCGCCUGGAGGAGGGCCAACGGUCAGGGGGCGCUCGCGGGGCUCCUGGUGGGCUGCCCCGUCGGCGUCGCCCAGCUUGUGGCCGCGCUCAUGUACCAAGACACGUGCGCCGCCAUGUCGAGCCGGGACCUUGCUCAGGAUGCGCCGGUGAUUGAAUGGUGA